UAGUGUCACGAGUUGAUAGAAAAUUGUAUAUAAUUAUUUUUUGAAUUUUAUGUUAAAUUAUAUUAAAAACAACUAAGUGCAAACUUUUCUUAAACAUUACAAAGAUAUUUGAUCUUCUCUAUUGUCUUGAUGCAAACCAUGAAACCCAAGCUCUCGAUGCGCCCGGCAUACUUGGAAUCUCCUCCACAUUUGAUAUAUUUUAUGCAUCUAUAUUCAAUAGUUUUGUAUGGUUUCAGGAGGUAAAAGUUUUGGAGGAUCCAUAUUUGAAGAAUAUAACAAGAUAUGCGCAGGUGGAUGUGUUGUGCUGGUAAAAAAGGAGUUGCAGAUUCGUCAACUGAGGAGUUACAUAUGAAAAGUCCAUGGCAAAAUUCUGACGCAAAUCAAAAGAAUCAAAAUGCAAAGCCUGAGGAGACUCUUCCCAUUGAAGUUCCUUCCUUGUCUGUGGAUGAGGUUAAAGAAAAGACUGACAAUUUUGGAUCGAAGUCUCUGAUUGGUGAGGGAUCUUAUGGAAGGGUAUACUAUGCAACUCUAAAUGAUGGAAAAGCAGUUGCUUUGAAGAAACUCGAUGUUGCGCCUGAAGAUGAAACAAACGCCGAGUUCUUAAGCCAGGUUUCCAUGGUAUCAAGACUAAAGCAUGAGAAUCUCAUUCAACUAGUUGGUUAUUGUGUUGACGAAAAACUACGUGUUCUUGCUUAUGAGUUGGCAACGAUGGGAUCAUUGCACGACAUUUUACAUGGUAGGAAGGGAGUUCAAGGCGCACAACCAGGUCCAACACUUGAUUGGAUAACGAGGGUGAAGAUAGCGGUUGAGGCAGCUAGGGGUUUAGAAUACCUUCAUGAGAAGGUUCAACCUCAUGUAAUACAUAGGGACAUAAGAUCUAGCAAUGUGCUUCUUUUUGAAGACUAUAAAGCAAAAAUUGCUGAUUUUAAUCUUUCAAAUCAAGCUCCUGAUAAUGCUGCUCGUCUUCAAUCUACAAGAAUCUUGGGAACCUUUGGUUAUCACUCUCCAGAAUAUGCUAUGACUGGAGAGUUGACACAUAAGAGUGACGUAUAUAGUUUUGGGGUUGUACUUCUAGAGCUCUUGACGGGAAGGAAACCUGUGGAUCCUACAAUGCCACGUGGCCAACAAAGUCUUGUAACUUGGGCUACACCAAAACUUAGUGAAGAUGAAGUAGAGCAGUGUGUUGAUCCAAAGCUAAAAGGAGAAUAUCCUCCUAAAUCAGUAGCUAAGCUAGCAGCGGUGGCAGCAUUGUGUGUGCAAUAUGAAUCUGAGUGUAGACCAAAAAUGAGCACAGUUGUGAAAGCUUUGCAACAGCUUCUUGUAGCGCCAAUCCCAAUACCGCAAUCCUAAAUUUGUGCGCCUUUUAAAUACCAUUUGAUAUCUUCUUCGGACAACAGAGUUAGAAUUUUCGUUCAUACAAAGUGGGAAUUUUAGUUUGAUUUGAAAAGAAAAAAAACUAUAAAUAU